AUGGGAGUGCUCAUCCAAUCUCUUCAUCAAUCGUUAUCCACAAACACUACUGAUUGUAUGAGUGUUGCACAGUGGACCAGUCAAGGUGUUGUGGUCGGAAUUGAUACGGUUGAAAAUGUACAUGUGCAUCAUGUGCAAGAACUGAAAAGGCUUGGCAAAUGGAUAUUGGUAAACUUUGGAUUUCGUCAAUAUUAUAAGUGUAUUGUGGGUAAUCGAUUUGAGACGUCAAUAUGUCCAAUAAGCCCCUGGUUCCUUUUUAUGCCAAUUUUUAAUCGGUUUGGUGUUGGAUACUGUCGUAAUAUCUUUCGCUGGCUACGUUACAACUUUUUUUUUAAACUGCAUAAUACGGUGAACGAUGUGGAAUGUCUGGUCGACACACGUGGAAGUGGAUUUAACCUGAAAGCAACAUCCGUUAUUGGUUUAUUAUUUGGGAGUUUUCAUUUGUCGUUGAUGCGCCCUUCGGACAAGUACCGAAACUCUGAUAUUAUAUGCAGUGAAGGAACUGAAUCGGGGAGAACCCAUCAACGUUCCGAAACCGUAGGACAGUUUUCAGAAGUGCUGGAAGAUCACAAGGAGAGUUAUGUGGCACGAGUUUUGAAAACAACUGUGGAGCGGUCGCUGAUAUCACUGAUAAAGAGUGCUACGGCAAAAGUAAGGCUUGCUAUGAGCAGUAGUGGUUAUCAAUUAUCACAUGGAACAAAACAUAAUUCAAUUGAAGAUGUUGAUGAAAGAAAAAAGGAGGAAAAUAAUGCUUUAGAUGAUCUGGUUAAAAAGGCCGUUGCACGGAAGGAAUUAAAUAAGAUCAUCAGGGUAGUCAAUAUUGGACGCGAAGAAGAGGAAAUUCGCGAUCAUCCGUUGCUUACUAUUGCUGAAUCGACAGCGCAUUAUUUGAUGAGACAGAUGGAUGACGUUGAAGCCUAG